CGAGCAAACAGGGAUCUUGGUUCGAUAAUAACUCAAACAACACAUCAAUUUCCUCUGACACGACUUGCCCAUUCCGUAACCCUACUAUUCAACGACAAAAGCCGACAGCCAUGGUUACCUGGCGCCCAAUGACCGAGAGCGACAUCCCGGGCGUCAUGCGCGUUGCUAACGACAUCCACCGCGACCUGCCCGAGCACGAGCCUAUCUUCCUCGAGAGAUUGAAGCUCUUCGCUGAGGGUUGCAUGGUGCUUGUUGAGGCCGACGGCGAAGAGGUCGGGGGCUACAUCGUCUCAUUUCCUGUCCGUCGUGGCAAGCCUCCUGCCCUCAACGAGCUGCUGGGGGUGAUUCCGCAGGACGCCGACCAGUACUACCUGCAUGACAUCGCCAUCUUGCCGGGGUUUCGUGGCCGGCGGGCUGCGGCGGAGGGUAUCGGGCGGACUUUGGAGGUUGCUCGGCGGUAUCCGACGACGUGUCUUAUUUCGGUUUACGGGACUGUCCCGUUCUGGGCUCGAUUUGGGUUUUCCCCUGAGCCGGUUGAUGCUGCCAUGGAGGAGAAACUGCGAGGUUACGGACCCGGUGCCACGUACCUCACACACCAGAACGGACCAUAGAAAACCCACUUCUUAAGGCUUUAAGGCGAGGUAGCUUCACCUGUCUUGUUCGAGCCAAGACUUGGAAGAUCUCAAACGCGACGAAGAGGUUUUGUUGGGUGUCGAACCUUUCCGGAAACGCCUUGAUACCGUCAAGCAACUCGAGUCC